CCUAGGUGAUCUGCAGGCAAUUUCUGCAUAAAUGAGAAGAGUCCGGGCUGUCCGUCCACUCUCACCGCACGCAUUCUCUUCUGCACUAUUACCCGCCGGCGUCUGCUGUGUAGAAAACCGAGCGCACCUCUCAUUCAGGGACGAACAGGAAGUCCGGAAAAAGGAAAAAUCUGAGGGAAGGGAAAAGUUACGAUUUUAUGAAAGAUGAGUCGCAUUUAUCACAACACGUCUCUGCAGAACAAGCCGGUCCACAGUGAAAAGUUUGACCGUGCGUGGUGUCCCUCUGCGUUUGAGAGUGGCCCCGGAGUGCUUUUAGAAGGGAAGCUGCUCGAUGUUUCCAGACAUGCAAUCACUGACAGCAACAAUCAAAAGGUACGUUUCUACGUGCUGUACAUCCAACCGAGUCGCAUCCAUCAGCGGAAGUUUGAUGCCAGUGGAAAGGAAGUGGAGCCAAACUUCAGUGACACCAAAAAGGUCAACACUGGUUUCCUCAUGUCCUCCUACAAGGUAGAAGCUAAAGGGGAGUCGGACCGUUUGUCUGAGGAGCAGCUGUCAGCCGCGGUGAACAAAGCCGAGCUAAUGAAGAUAACUGAGAAGCACAGACCCGCUGGGACCUGGGCCUUUUGGUAUCCGGAGGCAGACAUGGAAAAAACGGACCUGGAAACAGGACAGGAUGUACGGUUGAAGACUAGAGGAAACAGUCCUUUCGUAUUCUCUUUGGCCAAAAUUGAUGGCGGCACAGUGACCAAGUGUAACUUUGCUGGAGACGAUAAGGCUGGAGCUUCAUGGACAGACAAAAUAAUGGCCAACAAAUCAGACACCAGCAGCACUCGGCAGCCUGGAGGAGGAGGCGAGGGAGCAGAGGAGGACGAAUGGGAUGAUUGAGAAAACUGUGUUUCCCACCAGUCUGAACUCAGGGCCCCGAUCCAAUCUCCAGCAUGGACUGGACUUUGACUAUUAUAUCUUACAUAUGUUGCCGUAGGGCUGGAAACCUCGCGUCACCUCUACAGUAUGGGACUAGCUGUCUUGGAAACUGUGCUCUUCUCUUGUAUGCUUCACCACAUUUACAUAAGUCAACCUGCAUGUUCAUGUUUUUGAAUAUGGAGGCCUGCAAAGAUUCAUGUAGUAAUGAAGUUUGUAAUAUCACAAAUUCUUAUUCUAAUUUUAACUGAGAAAAAAGUGACAUUCAUGUGACGAUUUUACAAAUUACUUUUGUUUAACCUUUAUGAAUUUUAUAGACAUCAUGAUGUUUCCAACCAUCUGUUAUAUUAAAGUGCAGCCAGUGUGCAGUAUUAAAGAGCACAGGCUUGAGCAUUAUGGUUUUCUAAAUAAAGAUGCAGCAUGCUACACAA